AUGCAGCGCUCUGGCUCGUUCGAGCGACGCAGCUCUGUUAAUCAGAGACCAUCGCCAAGCCCUUCACCAAUCCCCACGCCAUCAUCCAGAACCCGAACACCCUCACCUUCUCGUGGACGACCUCAAUCAUUCCGAAGUAGUAACAAACCCUCUUCUUCACGACCAAUUUCACGCUCGAGAUCUCGAGGAAGGUCUUCUUCACGAUCAAGUUCGCGCUCACCUUCUCGUCGCAAGAAGCGCAGCGACGAUCAUGACUACAAUGGUCUUUUCAAAACCACGGCUGGUCUGUUGGCGGGGAUCGGCGUUGCGACCGUCAUAGCCCACAAGGUCUGGCCAAAGGGCGUUCUUCAUGGUGAUCAUGAAGAUUGGGAGCAUCCUCCCCCCAAGCAUAGCCGGAAACAGCAUCGACAUCGCUCUCCUGGAAACGCUGAGCGUGUGUACGAGCGCACCACUAAACGACACGGCGACGUUGUUCAUCACGAAGAGAUCAGCCGUAGACGGCUUCAGAACUGUGAGAGAAUGCCGCAAGAGCAUGUGAGGGUGCGGCAUCAUGCUGAACGGCUGCCAUAUGCUCCUGAUGAUUAUUAUGUUCAUGAGCAGCCUUUCUAUCCUGCUGAGCGCAGAAGAACUGUUGCUCAACCUGCUCCUUAUCCUCCCGAGUGGUGA